AAUCCCGCCUGUCAAUCUGUUCUAGUGAAACAUUAAUAGGCGAAAGGAAAGUGCAUAUUUCUGAGCGGCACCUGAAGGCAUCUUCAACUCUGCGGUGAAGCAGGUGAAGUUUGAUGUCGACAUGACGGAAGAAAAGAUUCCUACCACGCUGAAAGUAAUCCUCAUAGGAAACUCGGGAGUGGGAAAGUCUUCCUUCAUGAACAGAUACGUCAAUCACCGCUUCACUAACGCGUACCGGGCCACGGUGGGAACGGACUUCUUCAGCAAAAGAACCGUUCUAGACGGAGAGACGGUCAUCCUGCAGAUCUGGGACACAGCUGGCACAGAGAGGUUCCAGUCUCUGGGUACACCCCUGUACAGAGGGAGCCACUGCUGCAUGCUGGUGUUCGACGUCACUUCCUCUGCCAGCUUUGGGGCCCUGGAUGUGUGGAGGAAGGAGUUUCUGGUCCAGGGGGAGCCCCCGGAUCCAUCGGAUUUCCCUUUUAUAGUCCUGGGCAACAAAACUGACCUGAGCGACCGAGAGGUGUCGCGCAGGAAGGCCCAGCAGUGGUGCGAGGAGUUAGGGGCGGAGUACUUUGAAGGAAGCGCCAAAGCAGACAUGGACGUAGAGCAGCCUUUUAAGAGAGCGGCCCAGCUCGCCCUUCAGCAGUACAAAAAACACACAUUGGAAAAUACAGGACAUUUCCGGAUAACCUGCGAACAGCCGAGAAAAACUCGCGACACCUGCAUGUGCUGAGGGGAGCACUCUUCCCAGAGAUGGGGAGGGAUGGGGGGUCAGAGACCUCGGCACUGCUGCUGAUGAUCAAUCUAACAGGGGGUGCCAAAAUAUUGUCCCAGUUAAGGUACUGUGGAAGGAAAGGACACAACUGUAUACCACAUGGAGAGAGAAAUAAACUCAUUUUUUUUGAGAACCUUCAGCUUAUGGUCUAACUUAAGGCAUCACUACUAAAAUACACUGCUUUUGCAUGCAUGUCUAGUUUUGUUUAACAGACACACUGACACGCACAAACUUAUGAAUGCAUAUGAAGAGAAAGUCUGUUUCCAGAAAGAAAUCACAAACUGAACCCGAACCAGAAGAGGCCACUGCGUGCAAACUCCGGCCUUGCUCUUCCAGGCUGUUACCGUAACAACUAAGUCCGCCUUUACAAAGCUGAUGUACACUCUAGAAACCUCCUCCCUGUACAAAUUUGGAUUGUAAGUAACCUAGCAGUGAUUUGAACUCCAACAAGUGAAUCAGCUUGACAGAAGCAAAAUUAGAACAAUCAGGGAGACCAUAUAUAUAUAUUUAUAUAUAAUUCUUUUAUAAGUAGACACAAAAGGCAAUUAAAAGAUGACCGACAUGUAAAAACAGUUUGUUACAGGUGAUUAUAUAAAAGGCAAAGAUUUUUUUUUGUUGUGUUUUUUUUUGUUUUGUUUUAUUUAUGCUAUGAAGGAACUAAUUUACAAGUGGGUACACUCCGGUUGUAAGCUUUCUUCCCAAGACAUCCCCAUUCAAAGACAUACGUGUUUACAUGUCACAGUUAACUUGCACACCGUCUGAAAUACAGAGCCUUGGAAGAAAAAAAAAUUAAAUUUAUUAAAUGGAUUCA